AUGGAUGAAAAGUCGCAAUCGGUGCCCCAAGAAAAUGAUAAAACUCUCGCUAACGAAAAUGAACCAACUGAGAAAUUGGGGUUUUUUCGAGAUUUCUUUCAAAAAUUUGUCGAAAGAGAAAAACUGUUAGAUUUCACAGAACCCAGUACUAAAAAUCCUCGAAAACAUAAAGAACCGUUUACGUGGCGAAUUUUAUCUUUUUUCAAUUUUUUAAUUUUUACCAUUUCCUUCAUGGCCGGCUCAUAUUUAGUUGGAAUUCAUUUCAAAAUGGCUCCGUACAUGUCCGUUGUUGAAGGUUACGACAGAGGAGGCAUGUUUCUUACUGUUUCAGCAGUCAACUACACAACAGGCAUGAUUGCACUUCUGGGGUUUUGCAUGUCAAACUCCACCUUGCACAAUCGAAGACACGGAAGUGGUCACAUGAUGCUCUACAUGCACAUGCUCUGGGUAUUUGGCAUGAUUCUCAUCCUUAUUACUACUAUUGCCAUGUGUCAUGGAGCUUAUCUUCAGCUAGAUGAUAAUUUUCAGGGUGGUUUUUACAUGUCAAUGCUCAAAUAUGAAACAGACAAGGCAGUUGCAUUGAAAAUAGAUGAUAUACAGAAGGAUUUCAAGUGCUGUGGAAAUAUGGGACCAGAUGAAUGGUUCAAAAUAUCAUGGGAUGACAUGAUCCCAGACGAUAAGAAGGGAGUACCUAAGAGUUGUUGUGACACAAGUAGGUUCCCUCUUGAUGAAUGUGUCAGUUUUGAGGACAUUACUGAAAAGGAUGGUUUGACAAUAUUUUAUGAGAGUUGCCUUGAGAACAUAAAAAGCAGAUACAGGCAGGUUCUGAAUGUCUGUUUUGCUAGCAUGAGUUUUUCAUUAUCGGUCAUGUUGAUCUGUUUCGUUCUGGGCAUCCUCAACAUCAGAUGGGUCAAGAACUACCGAAAAAUUAUUCUCAGAGAAAGAUUGAGACAUCUUGCCAAAGUGCUUGACUAUACCGAAAUUGGGCAGAAAUUUUUAAAUAAACUGCUGUCUAAAGAAGAAAGCGAACUUGAAUCUGAUGUGCUAGAUAAAAUAUAA